CGACAACAUUAGAAGUACGAUUAUCCCGAGAACGAAGGUUGCCGUUGGUGCUGACGUGUGCAAAACGGCCGUGAAGAGAGCCUAUGGAGCGUAAGUAUUCAAACUCGAAAAAGCGACUGUUACGGCAUACUGCUUUUUUCGAGCGUGUCAAAAUUUUCUGUCUUUUUUCCGAUUUUACCCGCUCCGAUAAAGCGCCCCAAUCGCCGCUGUGCUAUCGCACAUUUUAGCCUGAUCAGACGUCGUAGCUUGUGGUGGAAGUGGUUGCAGCAACUCCCGGCACUUCCCGUCGCAGCAUGCACAACGUCCUCGAGGACCAUCAUGCUGGCCUACACGAGUGUGGAGAAGAUCCUGACUCGGCUCGGGUACUCGCACACCCGUACCCGGGGGAGUCACCACCAAUUUACGCACCCGCACCGCGCGACGCAGCCCGUGCCGGUGCACAACCACAAGGUGCGGCCGGAUGUGUUUCGCUUGAUCCUGCGCAACAUCGAGCGGGUGCGGGAGAGGGAAGAGCAGGAGACCGGCUUUGUUCAUGAUCCUGUACAACUAGUGGAGGAGGUUGAUAUUAAAAACGACGAUGCUGAGGAGCUCCAGGUUGACUUGUGCGAAGAAGUGGAGGUGGAUGAAUCAACUAGUACAAGAACUUCUGCUGCAUCUAAUAUUGCGCCACACGAGGUGGACACCUCCUCUUCCUCCAGCGGUUCUGCUAGUGCGCAUGCUGACCUUGUUCCAGUCACUACAACUUCCAGAAGUUCUUUUCCUGGCGAUAAAGCGAAAGCUGGCGGGUCCACCGGAAUUACAUCUUCCGACGAGGUAGCUUUGCAGAAGGGAACAAGAGUUGCUGCUUCGUCUACAAGAAGGAGCCUUCUGUUCAAGCCGAAGCCCCGACAACGGAGCAUCAAGCUCAACGUGCACACGAUUGCCAGCAUCGUCCUCGCGACCGAGGAAAAGGAGGAGUACGAACGCCUUUUGCAGGUGUGGGAAGCGAGGGCGAAAGCGAAGCAGGAAGGAGUUCGGCAGGAACUGCUGGACAUUGAGGCGGAGUUUCACGAACUAAUUUCGGAUGGCAAGGCCAAAGAGGCUGCGGACAUGCUGGAAAAUGUGGUACGCGAUAAGCGAUUCGCAAAAUAUCGCGGACAGCAGCUGCAGGAGCAGAAGUCUUCGGGUAGUAGUUCUUGUCAACAACAGUCUACUUCAUCGGGUGGAGAUGGUGUUGACCGCAUGAAGAUCCUCCAGCCGGAGGCCACUGUGACGAUCUUUGACCUAGAACUGUACUACACAACCGCUUUGGAGCAGCACGCCAGCUCCUUCCCCUUCGGCAGUGAGAAGGCGUUGGCGGUGUACCAGAAGUUGCUGAAUUACCUGGAAAAAAUGAAGACUGUCUGGUGGCGCCACAAGGAGACCAGUGUGGUGGAACUUCGACACAGCGAGUGCCUGAAGAGCGUGCUGUGCGGGUUAUCGGCCGCCCUGUGCAAGCUGAGGGAGAAAAAACUUGCGGGCCUCGAGAUGGUCCUGGCGCAGCGCAUAUCAAAUGCAAAAAUGUCUGGGUCUGGAAGAGUCAUGCUGCUUUUGCAUGACAAAGAAGGUCUGGCAUGGAAACUCUAGCAUCACAGGCUUCGAGAAGCUUCCGCAAUGCCGAAUCUGCAUCACAAAUGCCCGACUUUGGUGACAGAAAGUAGACAGCUUUUGCUGCCUAUGCAUGAGAGAUUCUUAUGUGUUGUGAAAUGCGCAUCACAAGCUUGCAUUCUUCCAGACCCAGAUAUAUUUGCAAUGCAUAGCGCAAUGUCACCAACUUUUUCAUCUGGCUGGUCGGGUACUUUGACGAGCAAAAGCUCCGCGCCGAGCCGCGGCGCCGCCGGUUUGCGGAGCUGACCGAGAUCUUCGGCCCCGAGCUGCUGGGGCUCGCCCGGCAACUCCUCUCGCCCGCGAGCCAUUUCUUCCUCGAAGUCGCGGCUCCCUCGGGGAUUCUACAGCGUUGCGAGAAGAAGUGGCUGCGAGAACUGCAAAAGGCGCCCAAGUAUCAAAUGCAAAUAUAUGUUUUCUGGGUCUGGCAAGUUGUGAUGCAAAUCUGUCAAUGGUGAGCGCAAGUGCGUUUUCAGGCAAGAGGCCCUUUUCUUGCUCAUGCAACAGAGAUUUAAGGGUCAUGCCAGACAAGCAUGACAAACUUGCAAUCUUCAAGACGAAGACAUGUUUGCAAUGCAUACCAAGUCCGUCACGCUGCUGCUCGAAGUGUUCGAGCUGAUCGUACCGAAAAACGCGAAAGAAUGUCCAAAGGCCCGCAAAGCCUUCUGGAAGAGGAUCACCGACGAGAUCAACAGUCGCGGCAUGGGUCUGGGGCUCAUGUGCGGCUGCGGGUGCAACUCCGGCGUGCGCGUGUCCCAGGAGCGAGAGCUCUUGAAGCCCAACCGCGCGGAAGCGGCUUACAACACCGAGCUCAAGAUGCUGCUAUCAACUGCAAAUAUGUCUGGGUCUGGAAGAGUCGGGGUUUGUCAUGCACAUUUUGCAUGACCCGUGAGGUCUGUGAUGCAGAUCCUAGCACCAGCAGAGAUUUUUUGAGGGCUUCUUGAUGCUUAUCACGCAUGAGAAAUGGUCUCUCCGCGUGCCAAGAACUGAACUCCUCUUGCUGCUCAUGCAACACAGAUAUUUUUAGAUUCCGCAGACAGCAUUACAAGUUUCACCCUUCCAGACCCAGACAUAUUUGCACUGCAUAGCUGCGCUGGCUGCGCGAAUUCGUCGGCAGCUUUCACGACGUCCAAGCGAACGAAAAGAUUGACGACAUGACCCUCCUUCACGGCUGGGGCUCCACGUGCGGCCUUGGCGCCGAGGUGGUCUAUGAAAUGCAAAAGCAUCGUACUAGUAUAAAUUGUAUUACAAAUUCGCUCAGCAUUACAAAUAAGAUUUGUAAUGCUGUUUUACCGUAGGAAAGAGAUUUGUCAUGCAUAACAGCAAUUACUACGAGUACGAUACUUUUGCAGAGCAUAUGCUCUUGUCGCUCGUGAUGUUGAACCGCCUGCGCCCGAGUGUGCCGGCGCGCCUCCUCGCGAAUCACCUGGCGCUGCUGCGGAAGUUCAACCUGGCUAGAUUACACCCCGCCUGGGUACUGGGGUGUGACUUUUGGGCGUGUUCGAACCAUUUCGAGUGGUCUGCCUAUUACCAGCUCGCCGCCGGCCUCAUGACUUUUCUUUACGAGCUGAUCGGAACGAAAUGUGGGCGACAACUGCUGCUGCAGAACAAAGCCCCGGAGAUUUUUCGUUUUUUGGCAAGCACCAACAGAAGUUUUGGUGCGGGGAGCAAGAAUUUUUUGUGGGCGGGUAGUAGUACAAGAACCUCUAGUGCAACAGCACGCCACUCCUCGACGGCCGCUGCGGCUGCCGGGAACAAGAACGACAUUGCCAAGAACGACAUCAAGAAAAUUACUACCCAUAGUACGCGCUCCUGGCCGCUGGAAAAAAUCCCAGUCGAUGAGGUACGAAAAGUGUUUACGGAGACCUUUUUCUACAUGGCACAGGGCUACCAGUACGAGUUUGGGCGACAAAGCGGAAAACACGUCCUGUUCGAGAGGUCGAUGCAGAUCCCGGAGGCAGCGCCGCACUACGUGCUGCACACCUUUUUCCUACCGGUACAGGUAUUGUACCUGAUCGAGCAGCUCGAAGGAACCCUGUCAUCUUCGAUGACGAGGACCGCGGCCUCCGGCCGACCGGAAAAGUACCAUCAUGCUGGCGAGGACGUCGAAACAGGAAAUAAAGGCCGCGACGUGCCGGUUGAUGUGGACGAGCACGACGGCGCAACCGACGACCACGACAGAACAAGCGCUGUUGAUCCGGCCUCGGCAGCCGCAACUUCUGCGUCGAAGAUGUUGCUACCAGCAGCAGGUCGUGCUGUUGAUGUACUAGCUGGGGGGACCACGACCUCGACCACCUCGCCAACAACUUCAUCUCAGACCACUACAGAGACCACGGGUCGUGGAGAAGUGCAGUCUUUAAAAACAGCCGGGACGACGAGCAUGAAAACCAGCAGAGAACAAGAUCAUGCAGAAGCUGUAAAAAGAACGACGAACACCGUCGUCCUCUCCACAGAAGAUGAACAAUCUCCCAAUCGUCCGCUCGCCCGCCGGCUCGUGCGCUUUUUGCUUGGGUGGAUGCAAGCCGGACUGGAAAACUCGACCGUGGACGGAAUUACGUGGCACGCCUUUGUGCGCCAGAAGCUGGACCAGGUUUCGUGCGCAAAAGACCCGAUGACGAAAAAAUUAAUGUACGGGCCCGGCCCGGUUGCGUUCAACUGCUACCCGGCCCUGAACUUCCAGCCAAGAAAAACCGACGCUCCGCUGCUCGCGCGCGACGUCCGCGGUGGGCUGGCGCCGCUCGUCUGCGCGCUGGGGCAAAGUGGCCUGGAGAUGUGGGACGUCGUGACGAGAGAGGAGGCCAACCGUCGCAGAUUGUCGGGCGAAACAUGGAGCGUCAGCGGGGCGGAGUUAUCCUCAGUCCAAACGCUCCUUCGAUCCCAGAAUUUUUGUCAUGCAAAUCUGCAUGCCAAUGGGAAUGGACAGGCCAAGGGGAGCCUGAAGAUCUCUCAUAUACAAGGAGGCACCGUGUGGGAUGCAGUUUCUAUAACCCUAACUAUGUUUGGACAUCCGUGACGAGUAUACGAAACUAAAUUUCAGGAGACGCGUCUGGAUUGAUCAGCUAGGCGCGAUUUUUACCUACUUACUGUACUGUCGUGUAUCCACGAAUCUUCUACUUCUCACGUGCGUGGCUCGCAAUAAUUAAAAGUAGUUCCGAAUCACUUGUCUUCUACUUAGUGCUCGCCCCAUCUUGAUUUUGGGGUCGUGGGUACAUAGAAUUUUUCCGCAGGACAGAAGUUCGUCGAGAAGUUUCUGCUACAAGGCCUCCGGGAUUACGACCUGAACUACAGAGAUGUCGUCCAGGACCAGACUUUGUUUUCUCCGAAGCACGAAACCCUCACGCUGCUCCUCCGGAUCGCUUCGCAGUGCAUUCUGCGGACGCACGAGGGUGGUGGUCCCGGACGAGGUCCCCCCGAGACAAGUCGUCCUUCUUCGAAGCCGCAAGAAGAUGAAGUGGAACAAUUACGCGGCCAGGAAGACGAGGCUGUACUAGAGCCGAAGGGAACAUCAACGUCGAAGGAUUCCUUCAAUAUUAAACAAACUACUGCGUCAAACUCGGGGGGAGGAGGGGUUGUGCGACCGCGUGCAAGAAAAGCAAUUUCCUUUCCGAGUGCUGACACCGCGGUCACGUCGAAGGCGGAGCAGGAGGGCUUUUUUGCUUUUUUGGCAUCCAUAUCGAAUGCAAAUAUGUCUGGGUCUGGAAACUACUAACUUGUGAUGCUGAAUGGUCAUGAUUGACUGUGCCUGUAAGUGCAGUAUAGCAUGACGAAUGCUUCAUACGCUUUUUCAUGCGCAGAACGCAUUACUAACUGCGCUUUUGCAUGACGAAACUGUGGCGCUUUAUUUGCUGUUUACGCAAUACAGAUUUUCUGCGAAUGCGAAACAUGCAAUACAGGUUCAACCUUUCCAGACCCAGACCUAUUUGCAAUGCAUAUUCCGACUACGUGAAAACCGUUUUUACCGUGGACUACUUCACUGCGUUUCUCACUAUCAAAUGCAAAAAUGUCUGGGUCUGGGAGGAUGGAACUUGUGAUGCGUCCUGUGGGUCACCCAAAGAUCUGUGUUGCGUGAUCACCAAAAGUUGCUCUUUUUUGACCAACAUGAGCAGGAGUUUCUCAUGCAGGAUAGGCAUGGUGGAGACUUCGCAGGAUCUGUCGUGCUAGGUCCUGCAUUCCAGGCCUCAUGGGGCAUGGAAAAUAUGCAUGACAAAUCUGCAUUCCUCUUCCAGACCCAGACACUUUUGCAUUUGAUACUCACGGAGCAGGUUCUAUUCGGACCGGAAGCCAUGAACCAGCUAGAAAGGAUAUCCUGAGUAAAAACGUACCCACACCAGAGUCAGUAUGGGGAUUUUGCAAUACAAACCAAGGAGUUUUGUGAGUCACGCAUGACAAGUUGCCCUCCGCAGUGUAGUGCAGGUUAGCAAGUGCAGCCGCGUCACAGAUUCAUCUGCUCAUCCUGUUCACAGCAUCACAAAUUCCAAAACACGAUUGGAAAUGGCUCUCAUGGGGAUGUGCAUUACAAGUCUUCCUGUCUUUGCAAAUCUGCAUUACAACUCUGGCGUGGGUACGUUUUUACUCAGGAUAAAGGAUGCACGGGGUGCCGGAUCCCUACGCGGCGGAGUCUUACUCCAGUGCGGAUGAGGAAGAAGAGGAGUCAACUUCUUGUGUGGAUGAUCAUGGAGAUGACGGCGAGGGAGGUGACGAUGAUGUUCGUACAAAGAAAAUAAACAGCAGCGACUGUAGCGACGCUAGCAGGGUGGAUAAGAAACAAGUGGAAGAAGUCACUAACGACCAACAGGACGACAGCACUACUAGCACCACCACCCACAAGGAGCAGAGCGCUGGUGAACAAGACACGGUUGUAUCAUCGUCAGCUAAUGAACGGACGAAGAAGAAGCUCCGAAGAAAGCCCGACUUUUAUCCGAGCCGCGGGCCCCGGGACGAAAAAGUGGACGCCUGGGACUACGGCGAGCCGCCAACGAUUUGGAGGUUUCUGACGAUGGCGCUGGGGGUACAGGUGCUGUACGAGCGCGUAUGGGAGGCCUGGGAGGCGGCAUUUCCAUUUAUUCGGGACGACGACGCCGGCGUUCUUGUUUUCGGGAAGAUUUCGUCCGCGGGAAAGAAAACGCAGCAAAAUAAGACGAAGCGCAGCAGGCGUAAAAAGAACGCCUGCACUUCUAAAGUGGAAACUGCGCCGGUUGCUGGGGCCCCCGCGCCAGAUUCUUCUGAACGUCGUCGAGAUGCAGGCCAAACAGCCCUGCCGGAGGCCAACAACUACAGUAAUUCUGCAGCGACGGACAGCCAAAGCAGCUCCAGCCCGGCCGAGGACAUCAGCUGCACCAUGGAGCAAAGGAAUGACAAUGAUCGAAGCGGAACGGGUGAAAACGAACUGGAUCCGUUUUUGGAAAACACCAACGCUGUUUUGUACAGGAUUGCGACGGACCUGGACAUAGAUUUGAGCUUCGAACUAAACCUUGAUAGGUACUACUGCAACUGCUAAAAAUCUUAUAUCCGGUGGCGCCGGCGUCGCAAUUCCACUUCUAACAUAUUACAGAUUUAUUCGUGAAAUAUAUGACGAGCGCCGGGACUGAUUUUUUUUCCUGAGUGAAUACUUCCGUUCGACAAGGACAAUCGAUCAAUACAACAUUCAUGAUUUAUAUCGAAGGAAUUAUAUUCUUUUCCAGUUCCACCGUCACGAAAUGCAUACUCGAUGUGAAUUGCAAAGAAAAGUUAUGUGCCACCUGUAGAAGUGCCUCUAAUAGUCAUUGUCAAGUAGGACGACUACAGGCACUGCUACGGACGACGCUCCUGGUGGC